AUGGCGCUGAUUUGUGGACCAAAAUUAUCAAAUUGUUGCUUUGUUUUGAGCAUUUGGGGCAUUAUAAUGUUGGUAUGUAUCCAAUAUCUCGCUUUUAAUGGAAAAAUAUUUUGUAGUGUAUUGCUUUGGGGCAUUUCAGUGUAAAUUCCACGUCGAAAUAGCGUAUAAAAAUUCAAAAAGUUUACUACCAAAUAUAACAUUGAUUCAGUCAGCUGACAAGCAUGCACAUAUAAUAAGGAAUAAGAUUCAUCGAUGUUUCCAUUUUUUAAAGGUGUUUUUAGGGAUAUUUUUUCAAGUGAAAAGCGUUGCUUUACGAGAAGAUGUAAAAGGUACGGGAGACUAUAAAAAGACCUCGAGGUUUGUGUUAAAAUACUAUUAAUGUCUACAGUACUGUAUUAAAUUUUAAUAAACAAAUCCAUGUGACUAUAAAGUGACUUGUGAUAUUAUAACUACAUCCGGUUUGACAGAAAUAAUCACAAAUAAUUUAUCAUGAAUAAAACUGUUGAUUUUUUUCUUUGAUUUCACGAAACUUUGGCCACGCCAAUUGCGAGGUUGGUUGGGAAUUUGGGAACUAUAAACACGAGAUCAUCAAGUUUCAUCACAAAUUUCGACAAUUUGAUGCAAAACUUCCGAAUUUGAUUGGCCGGUUUCCAAUCAACUUGAUGAUCUUGUGUGGCCAACUGGCGGGGCAAAAGUUUUGUUAAAUCAACUGUGAUAUGUUUAUAUUUAGGAGGAACUAUACAAAGCUUGAAAAUAUGUUUAAUUUAAAAAAAUUUCCGGAAAACAAUCUGACCAAAAUGAAAUUUGCUCAAGAAGCGUUCAACUUUUGUCAGACGUUGUAUUGGCUGUGAUAAAAUCUGAUACGGGAAAAAAAUACCGAUAACACCUAGGGGUGCACCGGAACUCGGUUCCGGCCGGUUAGUUAACCCCAAUUUUUUAGAGUUCCGGUUCCGGCCGGAACUAGUAAAAAAAGCAUGGCCGGAACCGGAACUCUGUCGUUUUCAGGGAGAUAGAAUAUCAAACGUUUUUGUGUCUAACAAAAGGUCACAGUAGGAAGAAAGUUGGACUACGCAAGGGAAAUGUACACUAUUAACACUUCAUUAUGACGUUUAACGUUUGUCAGUCUUUUUAUUCUGACAUUUGCGAACUCUCUACUUGAUGAUUUGAAGUGUCUGCUUGUCUGGCAGUGGACAAAGUAACAUAUGACUACAUAUGGCUUAAUAAAUGAGUUCCGGUUCCGGCCGGAACUUAAAAAACCGGUUCCGGUGCAUCCCUAAUAACACCAAUAUAUCAAUAUUUGUUUGUGAUUGUAUAUUGCAUGAUUUUAAGCAAAAUUUUCUGUUUUCAAAGGGUGACUAUUAUAGGGGGUACACAUCUCCGAAAACCGCACUGUUUUUCAAAUUUUAACUGCAAACCGCGCUCUAAUUUCUCUUUUAAACGUAACCGUGUUCAAACCGAGGCAUAUAUAUGUGGUAACAUAUUUCGAAACAUAUUCUGCAACAUAAUGUGAGGCAAUAGACCAAUGGUCGGUACGUAUAGUCACCAUUUCUAUUGGAGUAUUGAAGAGGGAGCCAUUUACAAGUUUCACGCGAACUUGGUAGUAUAAAAUUUGGCAAUGGACCUUUCCCCUUAUAACUAAAAUUUUGCUCUAGACAAAAAUUUUAUCACAGCUUGAAAGAGCAUCACAAAAUUAGUAAUAUUCUGAAGUUUCGUUUCGAAAUGUUGUAAAAUGCGGAUAAUAUAGCCCUGCAAAAUUUGCGAUUUUCAGUCAUUUUGUAUUACAAACGGGAAAUUGAUGCCCCAACACCCAAUUGGGCUGUCAAUUUCCCAUGCGUAAUACAAAAUGACUGAAAAACGGCAAACUUCGCAAGGCUAUAUUAUCCGUAUUUUACAACAUUUCGCAACAAAACUUUGGAAUAUUACUAAUUUUGUGAUGCUCUUUCAAGCUGUGAUGAAAUUUUUGUCUAGAUCAAAAUUUUAGUUAUAAGGGGAAAGGUCCAUUGCCAAAUCAAACAAAGUCUUAGCAGUUCAAAUAGCUAUAAAAAGGUUUUCCUUCCAUUGCUCAGCAACUGAAAGCCUGGUUGCAAGGUAAAAUUUUGCCUUCCUUAGAUACUGGAAAUAGAAUAUCUUGUAUCCAAAUCUGGGAUACUAUAUUUCAAGGAUGGAUGCUAGUUUCUAUGAUGCUGGUAUCCACUUGGAUACUGACAAAAAUUUCAAGUUUCGAGCCUUGUUGCUAUGCUUCUAAAUGAAUAUGAAAUAGAGUUUAUGUUCAGAAAAAUUUGAAACAUUUGAAAUUUGGGCAAUGUUCACAUUAGAGGUCCUCACAUUGUUAUGAGCAGAACUGAUGCGCAGAACGGACUUGACUUCCACUUUAAAUUAUUGUGUGAAACAUGCCAAUUUUUUAGUGGUUUCAACGAUCUUUGGUUGCAGUAACAUGUUAAUAAGUUGGAAAUUAUUGUUAAAAAAUCAACAUGAAUGAUGUCACCUUUACUGGGUCAACUGAUAUUAUCAUUCACUUUAUAGUAUUCUCAAUUUUGAUUGGUUAAUUUGCCUGCAAAUAACUGUGUGCAAAUAAUAGUAUGAGCAUGUGCAUUUGUUAAAAACGUUGCUUUGCUGAACUUUCGGAAAAUGAGUUGUUUUGCUUACUUGAGGAAGAAAAUGCGGAAAACACAAAAAAAGCGACUAAAACCGCCAUCAAUGUCUUUCGCCAGUAUUUAGAAGCCGAACAAAUCAACGAAGACAAUCUAGUUGGCCCAAAAGAAACUCUUGCCAACGUCCUUUGCAAGUUUUAAGCAGAAGCAAGAAAGAAGUAUUAAGUGAAAUAUAUAAGUGAAUGAUAAAACAAUUAUUGAACAAUUAUUAAAUUUAUAAGUGAAUGAUAAAACAAUUAUUGAACUUGGUUCUCGCAAAAUAUCGUGAUUUGUCGGUGGCUCGCAGAUCAAUUAUUUGCCUCUGCCUUCGGCAUCAGCAAAUAAUUGAUCUGCUCGCCACCGAUAAAUCACGAUAUUUUGCUCAACCUCGUCCAGUACUCACAGUAAUUGCUAAUUAUCAUGUCAUUAUAAAAUUGGCAUCUGUAUCGGGUAGAUUGUGGCAUGAAUAAUUGUAAUCAGUAAGUUAUGAUUGCUUUACAUAUAGAAUAAUAACAAUUUUUGUAUAUCGCAACAGCCCAUGAUGUUUAGUAAUUAGGGGCUAUUAAAAAAUUAUUUUUAAUUCUGUUUAGGAAUUGUUUUAUUGCCGCUGGCUUAUACGUUAUCACGUUAGCUAUUGCAGGACAUCAGAAAUGGACUAAUCAAAGGAUGGCAGCAUCGUCAAAACUGUAAGAUAUUGUAAAACUUUAUUGUUACAGUGUAGCAGCUAUAUUAUACUUUACUCUGUCUAAUGCCAGAUUAUGUUACUCUGUCUAACCCCAGACAAUUUUACUUGUCAAGGGCAGAGUGCCGCCACUCAAUGAGUUGAUAUAUUGUGGUAAUUUGUGUGUGCGCAAAAAUUUUUCUCAAUUUUCAACAAAAAUUACCAUAAAUAAUGCAUCAAAAGGUAAAAUCGCAAUGAUUAAUUUAAAAAAAGAUCAAUCAGUUUUGAUGUUUUAUAUAUACCAUAAAAACAAUUAAUUUGUCUAUCAGAUAUUAACAAAUUGAUCAUGUAGUGCAUUGAUAUUUCCAAUUCAAAUUGCCGAGCAAACCUGACCUCCAAACUCUAAAAUAUUAAUUUCAUAAUUGUCUGAACAAAUAGUUGUGAAAACUAGAUGGACAUUAUCAAACACUGGGAUGUCAAUGAUUGGGCUGGAAGCUGAGACAAGUGAACAUACUUUGAAGUGUUUUUGAUCACUAUAAAAAUAACUUUGAGUAUGUGGGCUCGAAUGAACCAGCAUUUAUAAAGAAAUUUAGUGUGAAAAUUGACAUAAGUUAAUACUUCAAAACAAUCUAAACAUUUAAACUGUUAAACUCAGUAAUUUAAUAAUAUAUGAAUAUAAACUAAUUGUACAGUAUAGCCGAAGGUUUAACACUGUUAAUUAAUUAAUCUUGAUAAUUUAUAUAAAUAUAAACUAUUCAUGACACAUAUAUAAUUUUAGAACCAGUUAAGCUAUUAAAUUAAUAUACUCUAUAUAUUGAUCCAAUAAGGUGUGAUAUUGUUUAGUACAUACUGUAGCUUAUCCAGUCCUUGUAAUUUGGCAGUGGGUAGUUGCCACCAAUAUUGCAGCCUAAAAUGAAUUAUUGACAGCAUUUUUUUGCCAAUUUACUAUAGUUCAAGAAAACAUAAAACUUUACUAUAUAACAUGUAAUAUAUCAAUAUUUCAGGUUUCUAAUAAUCUGUUUGUUAUUAAGUUAUUAUUAACAUGCUUUCGUUCAAUCGAAUAAUCUUAGAAAUUCGAGUACUGAUUUGGUUCUCCCACAUCCCAAAAGAGAAUUCCUCAAAAAUAGCUUUAAAUUUAGCGGGGCAAAACUUUGGAAUAGCCUCCCUUUGCAAGCAAAACUAGCUCAAUCUGAAUAUACCUUUAAAAUGAAUAUUAAUAGUCUUGAUACAUAUAACUUACUUAUUUCUUCGUAAUCUUGUAUAUAUCUUGUAAAUAUUCUUGUAAAUAACUUUAUUUAUUCAAGUGUGUUCCGACGCCUCUCAUGGAAACCAGCUUGUAGCUGAUGAGGCUAGUGUCGUUUUUUUUUUCCUUUUUGCUUUUAAAUAAAAGUUUACAUAUGUACAUACAUACAACUACCUGAAAAAUAUAAGGAGAAUUUCGACAUUUGUUCGUCAUAUGAAUGGCCUUCGUUUGAAAAGUAAAAAAUUUUCACCUUAUAUUUUUUCAGGUAGUUGCAUCCCUAACAAUGAAAGAUUGUUAUUAUAUUGACACUACCUCCACUGGCACAGAUAGUUCAAAUAUUGCAGGGUUUGUAGCGGUCUUUGAAAUCCUUGAAAGUCUUUAAAUUUGAUGAAUGCAGGUCUUUAAUUAAGGUCUUUGAAAAGUCUUUGAAUUGCGUGAAAAAGCGAAGAGAGUCUUAAAAGUCUUUAAAUUCUUUAGUGUCAGUACCGUAUUUGUAUAUACGAUUUCCUAGCUAAUAAAAUAGAUUGACUGAAGCACGAAUUUAGCAAGUAUCGACGAAAAGGCGCAUUUUAGCAUGUGAUUUGACGGGACUAAUUGUUGGGUAAAAAUGUUGCUUACACUUGCAAUUUUUCGACAGCUGAUUGCUCUUAAAGGUCUUUGAAAAGUCUUUGAAAAUAGGCAGCAAAAAUCUUUGAAAGUCUUUGAAUUUGUUUGGUCUUGGAGACUACGAACCCUGUAUUGUUAAUUUAAUAACAUGCAUUUUGAAAUUUGCCAUUUUUCAAAAAAAUGCUGUUGAAUUCUGCUGCUGAAAUACAGUAGAUUACCAUAGAGUAUUUUCAUUAAUUUUAAACACAAAACAAUAUGACACUCUCUAAAUUGUAACAUUCUAAUUCUCUACAUUUCGACUAUUUAUUUACAGUUAUCGUCAGAAGAAUGCCAUGCUUUUAAAAGUCAACUAUUUACAUGGCAUUCUCCUGAAGUGAAUUUAGAAGGUUUGAAACGAAGCCAAUUUUUCACAAACGAAUAGUUGAAAUGUAGAGAGUUAAAAUGUUUUAAAAGAAUUCACAGAGAGUCUAAUGUUUUCUGUGAAAUAUCAAUUAGCAACAUAAUGCACGCUGCUGAUCAAGUAUUACUAACCAUAAUUUCCCAACACUGAGGAUUAUCUUAAUUUGUUUUUUUAGAACUAACUUCCAAAUGUCUCGGUUAGAAUAAAUACAAAGAAAAUACUAAAACAGAUUAACAAGUCUUCCCAAGAGAUGAGUUGCCGAACCAUAGAAAAGUUCUUAAUAUAUUAAUGCUCUUCAUGAAUUUCAAACUGACUGGUAUAUAAGACUACUAGUUUAUACCAACUUUUUAUACAGUAUGUAAAUACAACAAUUAAUAAAAAUAGAGCUAAACCUAACCAGUAAACAUAAAUGUUUGAUCUAAAAUUAUAUAUGUUUGAUCUAAAUUUAUAUUGUUUUAAAUAAAAUGAUCUAUUAAAUAUAUAUCGGUUCAUGUAAUUUACUCAGAUUUUAACUGUUGUAUAUUUGACAUAAGUUAUAAAAAUCUGGGUUUUUUCGACUUUUUUCAGAUGGUUUUUGUUUUUUACCCUGAACCCGACUCACCCUAUUUGCCACACUUUUAGAAAGUCGAUGUUUCCGGAGUGUUUUCACACAAUUUCGAGUUUUCCCAAUUUCGACGAGUGUUGAUAUAACUGUGUAUCAACACGGAAAAUGUUUUGUAUUUGUUAAGUAUAACCUGAACCAUAAUUUACUGAAAAUGCAUUAGGACUUGUAAAUCCUACAGAUUUAUACUCAGUUUUAGAUGAACUGCAGUGCAGAUCAACAUGACCAGCCGAAAUAUAUCAAAUCAUCAUGCUAAUGAAAGACCGUGAAAAAUUUACCUUUGUCCAUUGUCCGAGAAACACUGAAAAAUGUCCGACCACUUUUUGUCUUGAUCGGACAUCUGUCCUUCCAAGCAAAAUAAUUAUUUGCAGGCCUGUACCAAACAUUUGGAGCGAUUUGAGGCAAAAUUUGACUGAUCAAACACUUUGAAGGCAGAUCACAACAUCUCGACUGAUCAAAACAUCUUCUCAUCAGUCAAAACUAAUUGUUUUGAUGGAACAAAUGUUUUUAAAAAAUUUCAGAAAGUUUCGAGAGGUUGGGGCAUUAUUUCAAUUUUUCAAAAAUUUCCUGUGUCCCCCCUUUGUUUACCCCAGGGUUGCCUGUGAUCUCCCCUUUGCAUUUGACCAAAAAUUUUCAAAAGAUGUUUUUAUCUGUUGAAACUAAUUGUUUUGAUGAAAGAAAUGUUUUUCAUUAAUUUUCAGAAAGUUUCGAGAGGUUGGGGCAUUAUUUCAAUGUUUCAAAAAUUUCCUGUGUCCCCCUUUGUUUACCCAGGGUUGCCUCUGUGAUCUCCCCUUUUCAUUUGACCAAAAAAUUUCAAAAGAUGUUUUUAUCUGUCGAAACUAAUUGUUUUGGUGAAAGAAAUGUUUUUUAACAAUAUUCAGAAAGUUUUAUGUAGGUUGGAGCAUUAUUUAAAUAAAGUUAAAUACGGCUGUUAAAAUUUCCUGUGGUUCCGGCUUAUUUAGCCACAUCCCAGAACUACAUGGGAACCCUCUUUAGCAUCUGAGCAAAAUGUUCAAAAACAUUGAAGUGAUAUUUUACUAAAAUUUGUUACAUUGCUUUUUUGGGCAUAAAUUGGCGCGUUUAAUGGCCUUUCUCCUUAUAACUAAAAUUUCGACCUAGACAAAAAUUUCAUCACAGCUUGAAACAGCAUCACAAAAUUAGUAAUAUUCCAAAGUUUUGUUGCAAAAUCUUGUAAAAUGCGGAUAAUAUAGCCUUGCGAAGUUUUCCGUUUUUCAGUCAUUUUGUAUUACAAACGGGAAAUUGACAUACGAUUCGGGUGUUGGGGCUGCAAUUUCCCGUUUGUAAUGCAAAAUGACUGAAAAUUGGAAACUUCGCAAGGCUCUAUUUUCCUCAUUUUACAACAUUUCUCAACGAAACUUUGGAAUAUUACUAAUUUUGUGAUGCUCUUUUAAGCUGUGAUGAAAUAUUUGUCUAGACUUGCCUAGAUCAAAAUUUUGGUUAUAAGGGGAAAGGUCUAUUCAUUAAUUGUUCCUCAUAAUGUUAAGACUUUUAUUAUUUUUUCAGAUUGAUCGACUCCCAUUGA